GAUCGUGUACAGAGCAGUUUCGUUGCAUUUUCUAGGAUGAAGUCUCGAAAGCUAUUAUCUUACCAGAAAAUGUCACGUCGUUGUAAAGAAACUGUUAUCUUACCCACAACUAAAAAUGCCAUAAAAAAGUUUGAAAUGUCACAUGUUCCCAGUGAACGUUUCCUAGGUAACAUUCCCGUUAAACUUUGAUUUGUACACGAGUUUGUUGUGUGUGUUUGUGAAAUGUAUACGAGUGUUGGGAGCACCGGAUAUUGUUCCCGCUUCAUCACGCGCCAAAUCAUCCCGCCGCAACGAAAAGAGCGCGGCAUUUCCAGACCACCCCAAAGCGGCGCUCCGCCUCUGAAAACCCUAGAACCGCGCCGCCGCGCCAUCACCGGAGAGAUGCCGCCCCCGCGUCGACGCCGUUACAAGAAGCGUCGUCGGCUGGCUGACGCCGCUCCGGUGGAGGCGGACGCCCUGAUUUCGCUGCCCGCGGACGUCCUCAACGUCAUCCUCACCCGCCUCGACCUCCGCGACGCCGUUCGUACGUCGGCGCUCUCCCGCGCCUGGCGAUACCGAUGGGAGGCCCUCCCAUCCCUCGACCUCCACUUCCCCCGCCUAAAAGACGACGAGGGAGCGCCCAAGGGGUUGAGGGCCGUCGACGGCAUCCUCCUCCGCUGCCCCGGCCGCGUCCGGCGCUUCUGCGUCUUCCUCGACGAGCCCUACGCGGCCCGCAUCCAUGACUGGCUUCUCGUCCUCUCCCGUCGGGGCGUCGAGACCCUCCACAUCAGCUCCAUCGACGGCUUCCUGGCUCUCCCCUCCUCCCUCUUCACCUGCGGCCAGCUCACCUCCCUCAGUCUCUUCAGAUGCGCCAUCCCGCCCCUACCCCCGGGCUUCCAAGGUUUACGGGAGUUAAGGAAUUUUACUCUCAUCAACGUCCGGUUACAGAAGAAGGGGGGAUACCAGCUGGAGAAGAUCAUCGCCACAUCACCCUCGCUCGAGGAGCUGACACUUUGGGAUGUGACUAUCCGAGGCAGAUUCAAAGAGUGGGUGAUUCAGGCGACCAAUCUCCGGUUCCUCAAAAUUUGUUCGGCUAAUGAUUAUGGUUGGAACCUUGGGGAUCUUCCGCGCCUCGAUUAUGCUGUAAUUGAUAUAUGGCACUAUCUAGGCGGGGAUUGUGAUUUCUCCAAAUUUCUCUCGAGGCUUGCGAACGUUACUGAGCUUUGCAUAUAUACUUGUCAUUCACCGGUACGCCCAGAUGCUCUCGCUUUAUCUGUUCUUAUAAUGAACAUCUGGGCUCAGUUUAGUACUCAUGUGUUAUUAAAUUUCCUUACAGACAAGAGACAACAUUGAGGAUUAGGCCAUGUAAAGAUUACCACUAAUUCUUAUCUUUGUUGUGCCUUACCUUCCUAGUGGAACAUUUUAGUGGAUUUUAUCUAUCUCCUCUGUUUGAUUGUUGUCAAGUAUUUGAUCUGCUAGGGACA